AUGAGAUCUAUAUCCAGUGUUGAGCACGAUGAACCGCCACCAAAUGGCGGCCUUACAGCCUGGCUACAGGUUCUAGCUGGCCAUCUCGUCGUCUUCAAUGCCUGGGGCUAUGCCAACAGUUUUGGGAUAUUUCAGAGUUACUAUACUUCAUCGCUAAAUCUUCCCGCCUCUACCAUUUCCUGGAUCGGUAGCACUCAAGUCUUCCUGAUUUUCCUGAUCGGAGCGGUUUCGGGGCGCGCCUUCGACACUGGUUACUAUCAACCUAUUCUGUGGGCUGGAUGCUCAAUACAGUUGCUGGCCAUGUUUACUACCAGUAUCUGCACAAGCUACUGGCAGCUGUUUCUGGCGCAGGGUAUCUGUCAAGGAUUCGGCAACGGCCUUACUUUUUGCCCCACAAUUGCAUUGAUUUCAACUUAUUUCACGACUAAACGUACCAUUGCUAUAUCGAGCGCUGCGAGUGCGGUAGUACUGUCUAUUGUUAAGGCGCGACACCUACCUCGCAGAAGUAGGCAGCUAAUUGAGCUAGCAGCUUUUAAGGAGUUACCUUAUUUACUCUUUACGAUCAGCAUGUUCUUUACUCUUUGGGCAACUUACUUUGCGUAUUACUAUGUACGUUCAUAUGCUCUCGAUAAGCUGCAUAUAUCAGAGGCUUCCUCGUACAAUAUUCUUCUUAUUGUCAAUGCUAUUGGUAUUCCCGGUCGCAUUGUUCCAGCCUUACUCGCAGAUCGCUGCUCUAGUGCGAUAACAGUCCUUAUUCCUAUUAUAUUCUUUGCUGCUCUUUGUCUCUAUAUGUGGCUGCUCGUGCUUUCGUUUGCGCAUGAAAUAGUUUGGGUCAUCUUCUUUGGAUUCUUCGGCGCGGGUAUUCAAGGCUUAUUUCCGUCAACGUUGGCCAGUCUGACAAAAGACCUGACUAAAAGUGGUACCAGAAUCGGCAUGGUAUUUACCAUUAUCAGUAUACCGUGUCUCACGGGACCACCUUUAGCAGGUAAAUUGAUCCAAGUAUGUAACGGUAGCUACUUAGGUGCGCAAGUCUGGGGGGGUUCUUGUCUGCUUUUAGGAGGCAGUCUCCUAGUCGCGGCUCGAAUGGCAAGCCUGGGGUGGCAAUGUCAACCUGCAGAGCAAUAAGCAUCAAGGGAAUUCUAUCUGAUACUGCAGUACCUUUAAGGCAGAAAGAGUUGGAAUCGGCUCAUAUAUACAUUGGAAUAAGAGUCCAAUAUGGUGUG